AGUUCUUGGAAAUCUGUCAAAGGUGUUUCCUUUUUCAAUCCAAAGCCCCAGACGCCUGCGCCCCUGCCGCCGCAAAGCCUGCGGUUCUAGGAAGAUGCGGCUUCCGGGAAGGGCUGGGACUCAGCGGACAAAAGAUUAGGAGGCGCCUGGCCCCGCCCCGCCUGCCCAGCCCGUCCCCCUUGUCCUUCCAAGCUGCUCGCGCCACCGCCUCUCAGUCCCUGAUCGCCGCCCGUGCGCCCCGGGACCCUGACCUCCGCGCCCUUGGCACCCACUGGCUCCCUUCUGCUUCCGUCCCCGCCGAGCCCCAACUUUCGAGCGGCCGUUGCCUCUGGGACAUGGUCCUUUGCGUACAGGGAUCUUGUCCUUUGCUGGCUCUGGAGCAAAUUGGGCAGCGGCCUCUGUGGGCCCAGUCCCUGGAGCUGCCUGGGCCAGCCAUGCAGCCCUUGCCCACUGGGGCAUUCCCAGAGGAGGUGGCCGAGGAGACCCCUGUCCAGGCAGAGAAUGAACCAAAGGUGCUAGACCCUGAGGAGGACCUGCUGUGCAUAGCCAAGACCUUCUCCUAUCUUCGGGAGUCUGGAUGGUAUUGGGGUUCCAUUACAGCCAGCGAGGCCCGGCAGCACCUACAGAAGAUGCCAGAGGGCACAUUCCUAGUACGAGAUAGCACACACCCCAGCUACCUGUUCACUCUGUCGGUCAAAACCACCCGCGGCCCCACCAAUGUGCGCAUCGAGUAUGCCGAUUCUAGCUUCCGGCUGGACUCCAACUGCUUGUCGAGACCUCGAAUCCUGGCCUUCCCGGAUGUGGUCAGCCUGGUGCAGCACUAUGUGGCCUCCUGUGCUGCUGACACCCGGAGUGACAGCCCGGAUCCUCCUCCCACUCCCGCCCUGCCUAUGCCUAAGCAAGAUGCCCCUGGCGACCCCGUGCUGCCCGUCCCCGUGGCGACUGCUGUGCACCUGAAGCUGGUGCAGCCCUUUGUCCGCAGAAGCAGCGCCCGCAGCUUACAGCAUUUGUGUCGCCUGGUCAUCAACCGUCUGGUGGCCGACGUGGACUGCCUACCGCUGCCCCGGCGCAUGGCCGACUACCUCCGACAGUACCCCUUCCAACUCUGACUGGGCCUGGCACCCUGCCCUGCCUCACACAGUUACAGCCUGGAGGGGACACAGGCCCUAGCUGGACUUGGAGUCCUGCUGUCCCUUCUUCAGUCAUCCCGGUGCCAGCAUGCAUGUGACAGCUGGGCCAGAAAGUGCCAGCAAGAACAAGGCUGGUGGAGGAAGGGUUGCCACACAACUCUGAGGUCAAUGCCUCUAGGUCCCAUAUGGCUCCUUGUGGUGAGUCAUGUGUCAGACAAGAGUGAGACAGGCAGGACCUUGUCUCACCCCAGAGGCUGGACCCAGGUCCCCAUUCACUCGCCUGCCCUAGCCACCCAAAUGUUGUCAGUCUCCCAGACCUGGUUUCUCAAUCUGAUGGGUAGGGCAGGCCCCCUCCCCACCUGUAGAGCAGAUAGCCCAUCUCUGGGAGAAUAUCAGCCAGAAGAACUGAGGUUGGUGAUGCCAGCCCCCUUGUGAGGAAGCAGACUGGGCUGAGGGACUACACAGUUAUACAGUAUUUAUUUAUUUAUUCUCCUGGCAGGGGUCGGGGGUCAGAUGAUGGCAUGAGCCAUCCCACUUCUCUGCCCUAAGCCUUGGGUGGUCCAAAGACCCCCCAGCUCUGGUUCUUCCCUGUGGAGACCCUCACCCCGAGUCGUAUUAUUGGGCCCAAAGUAGUCCCGAAUGUCCAGGCCCUGACCCCCUGCAUAUGGGGUCACCCUCUUUUUCUCCCUGGCCUCUUGGGAGGCUGGGUAACCAGACAGACAGGAGCCAGAAACACAGAGCUCACUCUCCUCUCCUCUCCUCACUGGGCAGUGCCAUGGCUUCAUAGAGCUGGCUUCUCUGUGGUGCGGCCUCUGUGGAGGGGCUUGUGCUGGGUCAGGGAAGGGAUGCUGGCUCAAGGGCUGCUGAUGCAGCUCUUUCAUGUCUUCUUCCCACCCAGGAAGUUGCCUGCAUGUGAGAGAGGGAGGAAUACAUGCCUGACAAGACUUUAUAAAGCAAUUAUAACAUGAGAACCACUUUGAUAGUUUUCCUUCCACCGGUUUUUCUGUAAUGGUAAUAAAAUUAUGCCUUCCAUUUA